AGGCGGAGGCUGGAAACUUUCCCUUCUGCACCAUUGACCCCAAUAUGGGCAAGGCCAAGGUCCCGGACGAGCGCCUGGAGACUUUGGCAACUCUGGCGAAGUCGGAGAAAAUUAUCCAUGAGAUGAUCGAGUAUGUGGACAUUGCAGGACUGGUGAGGGGCGCUUCCAAAGGAGAAGGCCUUGGAAAUCAAUUUUUGGGCAACAUCCGCAAUGUAGAUGCCAUCGUGCACGUGAUUCGAUGCUUUGAUGAUGAGGAUGUGACCCAUGUGGAUGGUACCGUAGAUCCCGUGCGAGACAUUGAGACGAUCAGCUUGGAGCUGAUCUUUGCGGACGCCGAUCAGUGCACCAAGCGUCUGAAGAAAGUGGAGCGAGAGGUCGUCGGUCAGGUGAAGGGAGCCAAAGAAGAGAAGCAGGCUCUUGAGAAGGUCUUGCUGGCCUUGGAGGAUGGGAAGCCGGCGCGGGGAGCGGGUCUCUCGGAGCAAGAACUGGAAUCCAUCAAGGACCUGUCCUUGCUCUCCUUGAAACCCGUGAUCUACGCAGCCAAUGUGGCCGAGGAUGACCUUGCAACGGGAAACGACUACGUGAAGGCGGUGGACGACUUCGCCAAGGAUGCCGGAGAUCAGGUGGUGGUGGUCUCGGCGCAAGUGGAGGCCGAGCUGAAAGGUCUCGAUGCCGAAGAGCGCGUGGACUAUUUGGAGUCGCUGGGAGUCAAGGAGAGUGGCUGUGGAAGUUUGGUGCAGGCCACAUACAGGACGUUGGGCUUGCGGACCUACUUCACCUGUGGCCCCAAGGAAUCCCGCGCUUGGACAAUUCAUGAAGGCUGGAAGGCUCCUAAGGCAGCAGGAGUCAUCCACACCGACUUCGAGAAAGGCUUCAUCAAGGCCGCCACCGUGAGCUACGGAGAUUUUGUGGAGUGCGGCUCCGAAGAGGCUGCAAAAGAGAAAGGCAAGCUGCGGAUUGAAGGAAAAGAUUAUGUCGUGCAGGAAGCAGAUGUGAUGCACUUCCGCUUCAACUGAAGAAUUUGGUGAGCUGAGAGCAACGUGUAUAUAGAUAUAAUAUAUAGAUAAAUA